ACGGCGGCCGCCCGGCGUGAGCGGACCCGGGGCGAGGUCCCCGCCGGCCCCCGCCAUGGAGGCGAGCGGCGCGGCGGGGCCGCUGGUGCCGGUGCAGCAGCUGGCGGCCUGGGGCGCGGCGGGGGCCAUGGUGUUCGGCGGCGUGGUGCCCUACAUCCCGCAGUACCGGCAGAUCCGCCGCACGCAGAACGCCGACGGCUUCUCCACCUACGUCUGCCUGGUGCUGCUGGUGGCCAACAUCCUGCGCAUCCUCUUCUGGUUUGGCAGGCACUUCGAGGCCCCCCUGCUGUGGCAGAGCAUCAUCAUGAUCAUCACCAUGCUGCUGAUGCUGAAGCUGUGCACCGAGGUGCGGGUGGCCAACGAGCUCAGCGCCAAGCGCCGCUGCUUUGCAGCUGCAGACAGUAAGGAUGAAGAGGUGAAAGCAGCACCCAGGAGGUCCUAUCUGGACAUGGACCUGCGUCACUUCUGGCACUGGAGCCGGUUUGCAGACUACCUGCAGUGCCUGCUGAGCUUCGGGGGGCUGGCAGGGUCCCUCACCUACCUCUGCCUGGACUCCCCGCUCUUCGUCGAGCUCCUGGGCUUCACCGCCGUCUUCAGCGAGGCCCUGCUGGGGCUGCCGCAGCUCUACCGCAACUACCGCAACAGCUCCACCGACGGCAUGAGUGUCAAGAUGGUGCUGAUGUGGACCAGUGGGGACACCUUCAAGACUGUUUACUUCAUCCUGAACCAGGCCCCUUUCCAGUUCUCCAUCUGUGGGCUGCUGCAGGUGCUUGUGGACAUGGCCAUCCUGCUGCAGGUCUACCUGUACAGCUCCUACCCUCAGAAGCCUGUGUCCCACCCCACACACCCAGCCAGCACCAAGGCCCUGUGAGGCCACAGCUCAGGCUGCCGUGGGGUCAGCCAGGGCAGGUCCUGCUCUGCUGUGUGCAGAGCUGGGAGCGAGGACUGGAGCCUGGCUGCACCUCCAGCUGGGGAGGUGGUGGCACCUCAGAACUGCGUUGUGUGGGGUGGGCACCUCCCUUAUCCCUGCAUCUACACCCAAAGCCUUAGCACCCACAGGUGUGUGCAGUGACUCCCAAGGGCCGGAUGGCCUCUGGGCUUAGUGCUCCUCAGGAGUGCCACAGCACAGCAAGGGGUCUGGCACUCGUCCCCUCUGCACCACCUGAGGGCUGUGUCUUGGCAGGAAGGCUGGGGGGCAUCUGCUGGCAGCCAGGGGCAGGGCAGAAGCAGCUGCAGGAUCUUUGGUCCCCUAGGGGGGUGUCUGCUGGGCAGGAAGGUGAGGGUGGGAGGCCCUGCAGAGCUGAGCAGCCAGGGAUGGGCCAGGCACAGGCAGUGUGGAGCAGCAGGGUGCUGGGGGGGGGCAGGAGAGCUCCCACGGUGUGGCAGGUGACACAGCAUGGUGGGGGCAGUGUGGAGGGUGCUGGAGCCAUGCUCAGAGCAGGCACAGCCAGGGGAGCCCUCAGCCAGCAGCAGGAGGCUGCAGGUGACCUGCCUGGUGCUGUGGGGCAGUGGGCUCGGGCAGCAGCUCUGCUCCUGCAGCUGUGCCAGGACAGAGCUGGGCACAGGGUGUCCCUCACAAAGCUGUGUGUUGCCAGCUGCUGCUCUCAGAGGGAGAGCCACAGAGCAGCUCAGGAGGGAAGGGAAAGUGCUGGAGCCAAAGUUUGGUCUGCUGGGGCUGAGGGC